AGUGCUGAUAUCAUGGUUCUGUCAAUCGCAAUGGCCAGCUUACAAAGCGGGUUGCCUCAUGCGUAUGACUUCAUAAUCAUAUAAAUCGGAGGACUGAAACUUCGAAAUGCUGUAUCAUCACAAGCGGGGACCGCUCAAACCAACUACAUAGUAUGACGACGAGCAGAAAUCACACGGCCAUAGCUAUUACCGGCAAAGCGAUGGUGGAAUCCAUCCAAAUGCCUACGGUGGAACCAAAUUCUGGGGAAGUACUGGUUAACGUGGCUUAUAGCACUAUCGCUGCGCCAGACGUUUACAUGGUAGACGGUGCUCUGCCAACCAAACCCGAGGACUAUCCUAUUCCGCUGGGACUCAAUGUCAGUGGAACCGUUCUGGCUAUCGGAGAUGGCGUUCCGAAGCUUAAGAUAGGGGAUAGGGUAUGCGCGUUUACACUGCUGCAGGAAAAGAGCAAGGGUUUGCAGCUGAAAGCUGUCGUCCACCAUACCCUUUGUGCAAAAAUCCCAGAUGACAUGUCACUGAAAGAUGCGGUGACCAUCCCAGACAACUUUGUUACCGCGUUUUACACGAUUUUCGACCAACUCGGACUACCUUUUCCACAGCCGUUCCCAGCAACUGCGGCUCCACCGCAUGCGGAAGCGCCCAUCCUCAUCUAUGGUGCAGGAUCUACAGCGGGUCAAUAUGCCAUCCAGGUUCUUAGACUAGCUGGGUACGUCAACGUCAUUGCAACGGCUUCUUCCCGCCAUCACGAGUAUCUUCGGUCCCUCGGAGCGAAAGACACCGUUGAUUACAGGGCGCCUGAUAUGGCUGACCAAACCAUCCGUGUUGCUGGCGGCAAAGUCCAGCUUGUGAUGGACUGCAUCGCCGCGGAAGGAACGAUGAAGAAAGUGGCACAGGUUGUCUGUCCCAAAGCUAAGGUCGCAUUAUUACUACCGAUCAAGGAGGGGGAGUCGUUGGUCCCGGAGAGUGGAAAAAUGUGGAUGGCGGUUCCCCCUAGCAGAAAUCCAUUUGGUGAAGACGUUAAAGUUAUCGGUGUGAGAACAUUCCUCUACCAAGACAACGAGUACAUGAAGAACAAUUUGAUGCCUGAGAUACUUCCGUAUUUGCUGAAGGAGAACUUGAUAAAACCAAGCCCGAUCCGUAUGUUCAAUCAAGGCACAUUCCUAGAAAGGACGCUCGCGGCCUUGGAUUUGGUUCGUAGUGGGAAAGUGAGCGGUGAGAAAGUGGUCAUUCAAGUGGCCUAAGUCGUGAAGGGAAUUG